CAUCACUCAUCUUAGUUACCAAGUGAGAGAAAAAACAGUGUAUUCCAGAGAGAGAAACAGUGUAUUCUAGAGAGAGAGAGAUGGCAAAGUGGUACUGUAUCAUGGUGGUUCUUGCUUUAGUAGUGGUACACACCACUGCUAGAGAUGUGCCGGUGGCCACUAACAACAACAAGGGUCUGGAUGACCAGAAGAACUUUGUCAACUUUGGUGGACUUGGUGGCUACUCCGGCAUUGGCAGCAAUGGACUGCCUAUUGGUGGAGUUGGCGGUGGAAUCGGUAGCGUUGGUAAUAUUGGAGGUCUUGGUGGAGGCGCCGGCAUCGGUGGUGUAACUGGGAUAGGUGGGCUCGGUGGCUUGGGCGGCGGCGUUGGCGGCGCCGUAGGUGGUGGUGUUGGUACUGGUACUGGUGGCAGUGGUGUUCUUCCAUUUCCUUGAAGUUGAAGUUGAAGUUGUUAGUUACUAUGGUUGGUGCAUGUCUUCAGUUACUUUAAUUAGGACUCAACUGUUCCUAGUGUUUGGCUGUUAAGCUAGUUUUAUUUGUGAGAGGUUGUGCACUGUUAGUUGACUUGUGUUUUUUUCCCUUGAAAAUGUGCUUCUGGUUUUGUAUGUCAUUCUGAUUAGCGCACCAAUAUAAUAGAUAUAUAAAGCUAUUUUAUUGGGUUCAA